GAACUUAAUAAGUAUAUACUUCUUUCCUUUUUAUCUAGAUCUAUUCACCUCCUCUUCUUUUCAUCUUUCUGACUUGACUCGUACCUCCUUCCCUUGAAUUAGGAUCAACAAUCACAGAAAUAGCCACCAGCAAUAGCCACCCGCCAUUGCUUGAUUUCAUUUAAUUCAACGCAGAACCUAACGCUGAGAGCUGUCAAAGCUUCAAUCAAUCGAACCACCUUCUACCUUCUUGUGCCACAGCCCCUCACAGCCCCUCUUUACCUCACCUCACCUCGACUUCAAUACAAAAUAUAAACAUUGAACUCUCCUCCGCUUCCUUCAUAUCCACCUCCUCAAAUUCAUUCUCGCUCCCUUUCUCAUUACUUGUACUCAUUUUUAAAUCUUCAAUCUUCAAUCUCAACCUCCAGCCUCCAGUCCUAAAUACCCAAAUACCCAAAUACCCAAGCACCCAAACACCUAAGUACCUAAACUCUCAAAUUCUCUACAACUCUUGAAGAUUUCAUCAUGAAGUACUCACUUUCCCUCCUCGCUCUUGCAGCCACUACAAAUGCGGCUGUUCUCCGGAGACAAAACGUUCCAUGUACCUUCUCCAUGGCUGCCGUUGGUGACCCAACCGGUUCCAUUGUCGAAACCACCAUUGGAGAAAAUCGCAUUGGUGGAUCCUGGCCUCAAGGUGUCUAUAGCAUUGAUGCCAAAGUCCUCACCGAUGCCGAAGGUCACAAUUGCAGCAUCUCUCCCACCACUUCCCAAUUUCAGUGUAUUCAAGGUUCUGCCGUUACUCUCUUCACAUUGGGAAACAAUGGAAAUUUGAACUACAACAACUCAACUGAAAAUUGGGUUGCCUGUCCAGCAACUGGACCGGGUGAAGAUGGAAGUUAUAACAUCUUUACCCAGGCAAAAUCCAACACGACCGGAUGCGAAACUAUUCAAAUAGUUACGGGAGGCUUCAGCUGUGCAGCAUUGGGAAGACCAUCUAGUUCAUCUACUACUUCAGUCGCCGCGGCGACUUCGACUUCCACCUCUGUACCUGUAGCUGCAUCAACUACUUCCGCAGCUGCAGUUUCUUGCCCAACAGAUAUCUCAUCGGGCCCUUUCGAAUAUCCCCAUCUUAUUGUUCCCGUUUCAUCUGAAUCUCCAGACCACCCAUUUGGUAAUCAAUACACUGCGCACAUCACGCCUCAAAAUAGCACAAUAUUCAAUUUCGACGUUCCAUCCACCGCUCCCUACACCGGUAACUGCGCCUUAAUUUUCCUCUUUCCUGUCGCAUCAGCUACUGAAGCUGGCACAUACAAUUUCACCGGUAUUGAAGAAGAAACUGAUGAAAAUGGGGGAAUCGAUUUCUCUCUUCUAAGUGCUAUUGCUAAUGCGAAUACAACUUAUAAUACUCAACCAACUGUCGCAACCGAUUUUGGAAAGGUAGAAGUUCUUCCCGGCAAAGGAUAUACGGUCUCGACAUUUGCAUGUCCAGCUGGAAAGACAGUCAGUUAUGAGGCGAAGAGUGUGGGAGGAUUGGGAUUGGAAUAUUUUGAAAAUAGUGCGCCCAGUGCUAUUGGUCUUUAUAUGGUGCCUUGUGCUUAGAUUUUGGCUGUGUAGAGUGGUUUGGGGAGAUUAUUUGGGUAUACGAUGGUUGGUGUACUUGAAUGGAUGAAAGUGUAGAUUUGGAAUGCGGGAUACGAGUGGAUUGGGAAUAUGGAGUAUGGAAAAGUUUCAUGCUAGAUCGGGAUGCGUAUGACUUUCAUGGGUAGUAAUUCUGAUGGAUUGGGAUUUUUUUGGAGGCGGAGAUUACUUUAAUUGUUUAAUACAUGCGUUGGUUUGACUUGUGGAGAGUGGGAAGGUACAUACAUACAUACAUGACUUUACGAUCAUUUUCAUGAUAGGUAGUCGAUGGCCGUAUGUAUCUAUCUAUAAUACAUGAAAGGGGGGCUUGGAAAUGGGAAUUGGAAUCGAAGAUGAGUAAUGAAAUGAGAGAUGAGAGAUGGAAAAUGGGAAAUAGGAAAUCUGGAAUGGAGACGAAGAUAAGAUAAAUCACCUAGGUAUUGAGUUUAUGAUUAAUAAAUGAUAAUUCUUUAAUGAAUUUUUUGGAGGGUUUUUGCUUUUUGUCUGGUGAUGUGA